CCCAUUAUUUCAAUGUGUGCGAGUAGUCCAUUAAUAAAGCUCUAUAAAUAUUUCAAAUGGGUUGUUAUUGCCCAAGUGUUCUUCUGUCUAAGAAAUAUUUUUUCAUUAAGGAGAAGAUCCACGUGCUUUUAAAUAAGCACCACAUUGCUAUUGUCAGACACAUUUAAUCGGGAUACACAAUGAAUAUUACAAUUCUGAUGAUAGUCAUUGCCUGUGUUUCAUUAAAUGACGCAAAGAAGAAACGAACUCUCAAGAAAGCUGAUGUUGUAAAACUUCUGGGGAAGUUGAAUUAACUUGAAGAAGAAUCCCAAUCUUGCUGCAUCAAGAAUGAAAACAAUCUCCAAAGAAUUCAAGUCAAUAUUGAAGAAGUACGAAAUGGCGUAAACGAGAUAAAGGGCAAUUGCAAUAAUACACAAACUUAUUUUGAAGAAAUGAAAAAUAAUGUUGAAAGCAUGCGAAAUGAUAUAAUAUCACAUAUAUCUGAAAAAAUCGGGAAAGAUGUCGACACAUCGUUCGACAGAAGCAGAGGGACAUGUAAAGGUUAUCUCAAAGCUGCGUUUAUAAGCCAAAACAUCGCAGCUAGUAUUGGCUUGCAUUUUGGCACACCUAAGGCUUUCAUUAUUGGUAGCCCAACGCCACAAUGGGUGGUGGAAUCACCUGGCCUAACUGGAGAGCCUGGAACGGUGUCACUGACAUAUACGGAGGCCCCAUAUGUUGGAUGGUACCUCAGACAUAGUAAUUAUCGUCUCCAAGUAGAUGACAAGAACAACCCCUCUCUCCCGCAAUAUUUCAUAAAAGACGCAACAUGGAGAUUGAUUCCAAAUAAGUACUUUAAGAACUACAUGACGUUUCAGUCUGUGAAUUACCCUGAUAGGUUCAUCAGACAUCAGUCCUGGGCAUUAAAGCUUCAUCAAGACGAUGGAUCCGAGCUGUUCAAGAAAGAUGCAAGUUUCCUUCAAGCCCCGUUCUCGUCCCUUUAUGGAAAAUGUGAAUAAGACAGAACUUGUAAACAUAUCAAUGUUGCCAGAGUCGUCAUAAAAACGUCACCAUUGUUGUGAUAAAUAUACAGCUAUCGUUAUCAUGAAAUGAGCUAUGAACAAUCGCCAUCUCAGCACACAAAGAUAUCUUACAUGAUGCUCUGCAAUUUUGUGUAUUUUAUUUGAG